CCGCGCAUAUGCACAACGAGGCUGUGGGAUGCAGCAAGGCUGGCCAAUGGCCGCAACCGAGGCGGGGUAGUUGCAUCUUCCAGCCUUCCUCGACGGCCUCUUCACCAUUACUCCUAACACGUCUCUCUUAUCUACCUAGUGGAGCUCGCCGCAAAUUCGGUCCAUGGCGUGGCACGACGCGACAUGCGCAGCACUGAAGUUGGAGUGGGAAGAUGGACGACCGGGAUGUCUUGCCUGUCUUCGUAAAGCGCCCGCUUUAUCGCCUGUACAUCCAAUCUCGCCGCCUGGACCUCCGCCAGAUGUUCCACGCUCACAACUGGUGUGCACAUGGCCGCCGCAACUCUUCUCCGAUGAUUGUUUUGUCGAGCCCCAUACCGCUGGGAGAAGAUUCCACUAUGCAUCGGAUUCUGAAGAAUUUUCGGACGACGAUGCUUUACAGCAUUUUGAAUCACAAAUUUGCUGAAGGGGACCCAGCCCACAUUAAGGACAAACUCUUUGCAGGCCCUGAAGACAAGAACGACCGCUUGAGCCUUGAACACAGUUUGGAACAUGCGAAAGACACUGAACAUGACGUAGGUGCUGAACAUCAAGAUGCAAAGAUGCUAGCUUUCAUCAGUGCGAACAUCGACGAAUGGACUAGCAGCGAUACCACCCACCAGUCACAAACGUUGUUGGAAUUAUCUCACAAGGAUGUAGAGCGACCGCACAAUCCACCUGAAGCACAUCCUUCUUUUCAGAACAUAUACCCUAGCCUCCCGAACGCCGACUCUGUUCGCCUCCUACGCCUGCACGGUACCCGCAAAUGAGAGCCAUCCUAUCCAUUGUACCCUCCUUGUAUAUCGACUUUGCGAUCCGUCUCGCCCGACCUUCGAGGCCUUUUCCUACACCUGGGCAGAUUUACAAGGCGACUCAUUACUAUGCGAGACCAUUUUCGUCGGCCCACA